AGAAGACGGUUUCUAGAAGUGUGCGAUCAUUCUCUUUACCGAUUUUAUAGGUCUAAAUGGAGUACAUCUAUCAAAGAUAGAUAAAUGAAACUAAGUGAAAAAAAUAAGAUAUAUAAUAAAAUUUCAAAAGAAAAAAAUCUGUGUCGCCAUGUGGUUAGAAGAAUGUGAUAGUUUCGCUGAAUUAUGUCGAGGCUAUUUACCAUAUUAUUUAUUAAUAGUCUUGCCAAUUUUUAUUAUUAUCUCUCCGGUUAAUCCUGUGACAGCAUCACACGAAUUUCCAGUUUAUCGCAUGCAUCAACAUGAUUUACACGGAAUACCGCAUGGCUGCAGGAGUGCUUCGAUUUCUUUGGAAGCAAGAUCGAUUACCGGAUGGAGUACUUCUAGGCAUUGUGUUAUUACUAAAGCGUUAGAUCUUACACCCAGCAUGUUUCAAUCUAUUAAGAUCAAAGCUGGAGCUUUAGUAAUCAUUUUACCUGAGAAAUUAAAUGAGUUAACAUUGGAUGAAAAAGAACAUAUUAUGAAUUUAGAAAAAGCUAUGUUGUCUGAUACAGAAACUCCAAUCGCUGUUUACUUCGCAACCUGGCAUCCAGAUCUUCAAACGAUUUUAGAUGAUAUUACAGAUGGAUCUAUGACAGAUGAAAAAUCUCAUUCUGCAGCAGAAGCUAUAUUUAAUUCAAUUUCUGCUAGUGGUUAUCAAGUAGUUGUUGCAUCCGGUCAACCUAUGGUUAGAAAUGAUGCGAAAAUAGCUAUAUUACAUGGAAAAUUAACAGGAACUGGAGCAGAAGAAAAGUUACCUACUAUAGCUAUAGUUACACAUUAUGAUAGCGCGAGCGUAGCACCUGAAUUAUCUUUUGGAGCAGACAGUAAUGCAUCUGGAGUGGCGAUGUUAUUAGAAUUGGCUAGAUUGUUCUCUGCGUUGUACUCCACUGGACGGUCAAGACCCCACUACAAUCUUGUUUUCAUUGCUACUGGAGCAGGAAAAUUAAAUUAUCAAGGUAGUAAAAAAUGGUUGGAAGAUCAAUUGGAUGGACUAGAAGGAUCUGUUAUUCAAGAUGCAGCCUAUGUUAUAUGUCUUGACACAGUUUCUGCAACAAAUAAUCUCUAUGUGCAUGUCUCGAAACCACCAAAAGAAAAUUCCUCUGGAGGAAUGUUUUAUAAAGAAUUAAAAUCAGUAGCAGAUUCUUUGAAUACAGUACAUGUUGAAGGCGUACAUAAGAAAAUAAAUCUUGCAGAAGAAACAUUAGCUUGGGAACACGAAAGAUUUAGCAUUAGAAGAUUGCCAGCAGCAACACUGUCCACAUUGAAAAGCCAUGAAGAUCCUGCCAGAAAUACAAUUUUGGAUAUAAUGAAAGAAGGACAAACCGAUAGAUUGUAUAAACACACUCAAGUGAUUGCAGAGGCAUUAGCAAGGCACAUUUACAAUCUAAGCUCUAAUCAUAUAUUUGCGGAAUCUUUGGAGGUAUCUAAAGAAUCAUUGUCUUUGUGGUUUACGUACUUGGCAUCUCAACCAAGAGCUGCUCCAUUAUUAGUUGAUAAAAAUAAUAUAUUAAUUGCUACAUUGAAAGAAUCUAUGUCACGAUAUCUCGGAGAUGUUAAAAUCACACUUCAUGGUCCUGAUAAGCAGGAUCCAGAGUUUAUAUUUUAUGAUGUUACUAAAGCAGUGCUAAAUGUAUACAGUGUAAAACCAGCUGUUUUUGAUCUUUUCCUUACUGUUGCCAUUGUCAUGUAUCUAGGAUUGUUAUAUGUGAUUGUACACAACUUUCCACGUGCUUAUUUCCUAGCAAUCAGACUUUCUACAAAAGGCAAGUCAUCUUAAGCUUAUAUCAUGAUUCUAGAAUGCCAAAGCAAUAGUCACAAACAUUUAUUUAUAGAAAAAGUUCAUCAUUAGCAAUAUUCUCAAAAAAUGAGAUACAUGUACUUUUGAUAAAACAGCUUGAAAAAUUAUUGAAUAAAUCUAAGGUGAACGUGUAGAAGAGAUAUACAAUACUUUUAUCAUCUGUAUACUGUGCAUUUAUGAGAUUCAUAAUAUAAUUUUGGUUUACUUAAUUUUCUUUUGGCAAUUUAGAUACUUAUAUAAACUUCAGGAAAAAAGAAAAAAGGACAGAGAUUUUGUGUUGUAUAUACGUGUGUUACUUAUUAAAAUUAAAUGAAAUAAAUUAUGAAGUCUGCUAUAAUAAGAGCAUACAAAAAGAAUAUAAUUAACUCAAUUAUAUAUCCUAGAGUACUAUCCCUCAAAAUUAAAGAAAUACUACAAUGGAAUAAAAAGAAAGGGAAAGAUUAUCGUGAUCGUCGGCGUUCCAAAUAAUUUUUGUUAAGUACGUAUCUUCACUACUUAUAUGCAGUAUGAUAUCAAAGAGUCCCUCAGUAGUGUUUAUUGAGUUUGGGAAGUCAACGUUCACGAUAUUGUUUGAAAUUGUUUUGCAUAUAUAUAAAAAGGAAUAUGGAUCAUUAAAGUUUAUGGAAUGUACAUUAGACUUUAUUAAUAGAUGAAAAAUCAUUAAAACAAAUAGUGCAAUAUGCAAUUGGUAGCUACUUUAUAUCAUAUGAAAGUAUAAAUAGGAAGAUUAAAUUCAUUAUCGAUCUAUUGUUUCAAUUAAAGACACACAAGAGGAAACAUUCAAAAUAUUAGCUUCAAAAAAAUACCUGCUAUCAGAUUACCUUACUAACUGAAAGUUUUACUAAGAGUUUUAUUCAUGUAAUUAUUGGAAAAUUGUUGCAAAUUACUAAAGAUACAUGCAUAUUAACUCUGCUUCGAAUAUAUGACAGUUGUAUGCUUGCAUCAAGUUUAUGAAUACCUAUCAAUGAUUGGAUUAUUUUUAAACCUUCGAUUAUAGUAGGAGAUUGCUAUUUAAUGAUAAAAUUCAUUUAACUGAAAUAUCACUGCGACACUAUUUGUGUCUUUAUGAGAUAUAGGAUGAUUUCUACACGAUAAUUUUCAAUCAUUAUACGUUCUGUGAUUUUUGCAAUGUAAAGUAAAUGUUAACAAGCACAUUUUUUAUUGAAGCAUUAAAAUAAUGAUUAAAAUUAGUGCUUAUGUAAAAACAGAUGAUAAGAUUGCAUAUGAAUAGAAAUAAUUAUUAAAAUAAUAAAAUUACAAAUAUACCGAUUUAAAGCAAAUAAUCUAAGGUACUAAGUUAAUGCUAUUUCGAGCAAUAUGAACUUCCAAAAUCAAAGAUAACAAAUUAUAAUGAAUACUGUAGAAGAGCAUGCGCGCUAAUGAAUCCGAGUGAUAUCUCAAAUAGAAAUUACUUUAAAUACCUUACAGAAAUCACUUUUGUUAUCCUCAUAUGUCAACGAAAUCUGAUAAUCUUGCACAGAUUCCACUAAAUGCAGAUCCAAAUCCCAUCAUAUGCGAUCUAGGAGAUUUCCAUGAACCCUAUGAGAUGCGAAGACCACUAUACUGAGACACUUUCAAUUGAUAACAUUUGAUAUCCAAAUCCAUCCUUCAUACUGACAGUGUUCAUAUAAUAAAUCCAAGUCAUCCUCUCAAUAAAAUCCGUCCAAUAUUUUCACUUAAAUUA